AUGCACCCGGCCGGAUUCCGACAAGAGCUCGCUGUCUACCACGAUCCACAACUAUAUUCUACGACGACCACAGCGACCAUGAAAAGGACAUACGGACGCAAGAACUCACGCCGUGCGUGGCAAGAUUCACCAGAUGCAGAGGUUGUGCUCUCGCCACCGCGGAAACGACCCAGAAUUGAGGUUGAGAUCGUGCAGCCGCCGCCCAGUUCGCAUUUAUCACCACCUAAAGUAACCAGUCCUAUCCGAAGAAGUACGACGAUGCCUGAUGUGGUCUCAACUUCGAGCACUCCGUCGAACAUUCGUCGCUCGGAGUGGGUGAAGCGUAUGCUAUCACGCUCACGCACGGAGUCGUCCAUUGAUCAUAAUGCCGGUCAUAAUUUCCGCUCAUUAACCCCAUCGUCUAAUACACUUCCUGUUCAUUCUUCUCCACCGAAGAUAGCUUCCUCGCGUUCACCUUCCCCAACACAGAGUAAACCCCUACUCACAAAGCACACACGGACGUAUGCUGGCGCAUCACGUUCGUACCGUAUUGAGCUUCCGGCAGCUGAUCUCGCAGAACCAGAUGACACGCGUGAAUCUUAUGAUGACUUGCGGUCUCGGUGGGGUGUCGACAACUCCGAGGACGAUCCACGUCCUUUCGACAAUGAUACUCGGACACCGAAGAAGACCUCUAGCGUGGGUUCGCGGGUGCUAGCGAAUGGGAUGAUGAAUGAUCUCAAGAGUAUCACAGAGUUGCGGAGCAAGGGCGAGAGCAGACGAUUUCUUGACGAGGUAGGGUAUCUAUUCGAAGGCAUAGAGAGUGGUUGUGCUAUUGCACUCCGCAGAGCCAGUGUCUUGGAAAUUGUAACUAAACUAUGCGACCCCGAAUUCAACCGCCGUGCGAAAACAUCUGAUUUUUAUGCUCGCACUUGGGAUGUGUUCCUCAAAGCCCGCGGAGACGGUCCAGAUAAAAUUCUUGAUGCCACCCUCUCCUUCUUUGCGUUCCUCUCCACCCGCGACCCCCAAACUCUUUCCGAACUUGCUCAUAAACCCGAGCUUGUCCCCACCCUCCUUGAUAUCCUGCGCUCCCUCACUCCCACCUCCGACAUGAAGGGUGAUGGGCUCAAUCAGGGUCUAAAGAAAGACAUCCUUGCACUCGCCCUGUCAGGGUUAGAUGCCAUAGGGCUGAGAGCAUCAGGCAUAAUUAGGACAGACGUGGCGCCGCUCCAAGCCCUUGCAGACGUGAUUGUGAAAUCAGGAGUAAUGAAGGAUGCACGCGGGCUCUCCACCCGUACCCUGCUCAGCACUGCACUCUCGUCCUUACCGGCUUCCCUCCUUCCGCCUGCAUUUCAGAUCCUCCCAUCGAUCCUCAACUCCCUCCGUGCAGAGCUUCUGCUCAUACCUCCGCGCGUUAGUGCUUGGGAGAGGGGUCUGGAGCUAUUCCCUGGCUAUAAAGGCUCGGAUAUAGGUCUGGGGAAAAAUGGGAAUGCAACAAGAUAUGGGAAAGGAAAAGAAACACAUAAACCCUCGGACCCGCCGAUAGACAUCGCUACUCCCUCCCUCGCUCAUAUUCACGCCUGUCUCUGCCUCAUAGACGCCUACCUCUUGGAAGAGUGGAUGGGGCACGUUCCAUCGCGUUCUGGUGUUGCAAGUGAUGGUUCACAUGGGACUAAAGAAGAAUCAGAAAUCCACCGUGCGUUGGUGGACCCGGUACUUACAGACGAACUCGUGGAGUUGUGCGUGGCUACUGAGAUUCUUGUGCGAGAUUCUGUACGGGAUUUGGAUGCAACGAACAAGGAAGAGGAUGCGGAGGAAGGUCAGGGUGAGCUUGCACGCAAAACCCUAUUCUCGACCCUCCGUAUCCUUACGCUUCUCCCAUCCUCCACAUCCUCUCAGCCCAGUCCUUCAUCUUCAUACUCUCGCUCGUCCCCGACAUAUUCUGAUACCCUUCAUGGUUCCUGGACGCCAAGCGACACAGCCCUAUCCCUGAUUACCCGCGUGGUAUUACGUGCACAAGCUGGAUGGCUUGGGAAUCUCGGCAGUGAUGGGGUUAAAGGAGAACGGGACGACGAAGCGACGCAGGGGAAUGAACAACAUGCGACGAAACCGGAGGAGCUAGAGAAUAUAGGUGCUUCUUCCCCGUCUUUGCCCGGCUCCCGACGUGAAUCUACACGUUCCCCUCGAAAACGGACAUCGUUUCCUGUUCCUUCACCUUCACCGUCCAAACUUGCGCAUAAACCUUCGAGCAAAACCAAUGCGCCAAGUAAACUUGGCAGACAGGGUACGUCGCAUGGAAACGGCGCGCUGAGCAAAGGUACCAGCACACCGAGCGAAGGAAAUGACACAGGUAAAGGGAAAAGCAAGGCCAUAUCAGUCCCGCCAUAUACCCUCACACGUGUUGAGUCUUUCGACUUGCUUUGCCUGGCGCUUGGAUUGCUUCUGAACUGGGCGUCUGGGGGCAUCGAAGGUAGAGGGUUCUCAAUCGCGCCUGCUCUGCCACUCGUAGCUGCUCGCACAUUUGUUCAUGCCCUCAGUCUUCACAGUUCUGUACCUGUAUCGACUGAUUCUUCAUCGCGGAAACCCAAAAUCGUGUCUGGCCAUGAACGUAAACCGACCUUGGGUACCGGCCAAAAGCCGCCAUCUGCACGUCAGAAGCAAAAAUCACCCUCUGCCAGCCCUAGCUCCUCCUCCAUCUCUCCUAGACGUAAAACUGCUUCUUCCCACACAUUGAACACACCCAGCAUGCCUCAAUCUCCCGAACUCACUUUCCUGGCAGGGUACACCGCUGUCCUUCUCGGCCUCCUCUGCACACCCACAGCUCCACAUGAGAUCCUAGUUCUACGUACCAACCGAUCACUGAUAUUUAGUGACGUCCUCAUCGAGACGCUCAUCAGAGACGUGCGAGACUUUCUGGCGCUGUAUGGCGAUCUCGAGGGAGAACUCAGUGACGAGGACGAUAUUGUAGAUGUGGAUACGAGUCCAGAUGCGGAUCGAGGGCGUAGCAUGGGACGAGGGCAAGGUGGGGGAAGGGGGAGGGGUAAAGCGCUGGAGAAGAGGAGCGAAGAUGUAGCGCGUGGGGUACUAAGAACGCUAGAGGCGCUACGAGACGAUGGACUAUGAAUACUAUCUUACUUCCAACUGCGGUGGGUUUGAAUAUCCUUUCUGUCGAUAGUUGGUAAUAUUGUCGCAUCAUAAGUAUCACGAUUCGAAGGAACGAUUGUAUUCAUUCUGUUAUGGUCUAACUACUUAAGGGAGACUAUUUCAGGAGAGCCGACAGGAAACUUGCAAUAAUUAUAUACUUAUU